AAGAUGACAGAGCUGUCAGCACUCUGAGAGAUACAGACUGGUGAGAACAUUUGCCAGGGCUGCCUGAUAAGACUCUACUACUUCUUAGAUUUUCCAAUCAGAUGAGAGGCUGUGAGCAUUGUGUGUGAGGACUCAAGACCAGGAAACCCAUUUGCUAGCUGAAAAGACUAUUCUCCACUCCAGCUGCUUCUUUACCAGAAGACACGGAGCCAGGGUGUCAUCAUGUGGAUGAAAGGCUUCGUUUUAGGCUGCAUGACUGUGGCACUGCUGAUUCAGCUUUCCACGGCCGGCCUGGUGAAGGUCAUCCGCCAUCGCCGAGAGACUCUGAUGCCCAAGAAAACGGAGGAGAACCUCACUCUGCCCCACCCUGACCAGCCCGUAGUGUUCAACCACGUCUACAACAUCAACGUCCCCUCCGUGUCCCUCUGCUCAGUGGAUCUUGACUCACCCGUAGGCCCAGAGCUCAAACAAAAGCCAAACCCAAUGGACAUGCAGAACAGCGAGCACAUGGAGCAUACUGUGGAUGGCGACAAUCAGAUUGUUUUCACCCACCGCAUUAAUAUCCCCAAGCAGGCAUGCGGUUGCAACAACCAGCUGCCAGACAUCAAGGAUAUCCUGAACAGGCUGGAGAUGCUUGAGUCAGAGCUGUCUAGUCUGAGGGAGCAGUGCAGCAGCGGGGCAGGAUGCUGUGGAGCUCAAGUUACAGGUGAAGUAUCCACAAAACCCUACUGUAAUGGCCAUGGGAACUGGAGCACUGAAACUUGCAGUUGCACAUGUGAGCCCGGAUGGAAGGGUCACAACUGCACUGAACCUGAGUGCCCCAAUGACUGCCAGGACCAGGGACGAUGUGUGGACGGAAAAUGUGAAUGCUUUGAGGGCUUUGGUGGGGAUGACUGUGCUAUUGAGCUCUGCCUAAUGGACUGCGGUGACUACGGCCACUGUAUUGACGGCUCCUGCCUAUGUGAGGAGGGCUUCCUUGGUUUGGACUGCACCCAGACCAACUGCCUUAACAACUGUCUGGGCCGUGGACGCUGCGUAGAGGAUGAGUGUGUUUGCGAUGAGCCAUGGACGGGCUUCGACUGCUCCGAACUCAUCUGUCCAAAUGACUGCUAUGACCGCGGACGCUGCAUUAACGGCACCUGCUACUGUGACCAGGGCUUCACUGGGGAAGACUGCGGCAAUCUCACAUGUCCAGGCAACUGUAACAAUCGUGGCGCUUGUGUGAAUGGUGAGUGUGUGUGCCAGACUGGCUACAUUGGAGAAGACUGCUCAAAGCUCACUUGUCCCGCAAAUUGCAACGAGAGAGGCCAUUGUUUCAAUGGGAAAUGCAUCUGUGAUCCAGGAUUUGAGGGUGAGGAUUGCUCGAUUCUUUCAUGCCCUGACAACUGUAGCAACAGGGGAAAGUGCAUUAAUGGAGAAUGCGCAUGUGACUUGGGAUACCAAGGUGAGGACUGUAGCGAGCUGUCGUGCCGCAACAAUUGCCAAGACCGGGGUCGUUGCAUUGAUGGACAGUGCAUAUGUAACAAGGGAUACACUGGGGAGGACUGCAGUAUCAAGACCUGUCCAAAAGACUGCAUGGGACGUGGAGAAUGCAUUGACGGCAAGUGUCAAUGCUUCGCUGGCUUCAAAGGUAAAGACUGCGGUGAGCUGACCUGCCCGAAUGACUGCCUGGACCGUGGUCGCUGCGUGAACGGACAAUGCGUUUGUCAUAAAGGUUUUGCUGGUGAGGACUGCAGUGAGAAGACGUGUCCCAAGAACUGUCUUGAAAGAGGUUACUGUGUGGAUGGUAACUGUGUGUGUUACGAGGGUUUCACUGGACUGGACUGCUCCACACUGACCUGUACCGGAGACUGUCAGAACCAGGGACGCUGUGAGAACGGAGUCUGUAUCUGUGAUGAGGGCUUCAUUGGAGAGGACUGCUCUGAGGUCUCACCACCCAAGGACCUUAAAGUGAUAGAGGUCACCCCUGAGACAGUGGACCUAUCCUGGGAAAAUGAGAUGCGUGUUACCGAGUACCUGAUCACCUACGCGCCCACAGCAGCAGGAGGCCUGGAGCUAGACAUGCGUGUGCCUGGGGAUCAGAAGUUGGCCACCAUUCGGGAGCUCGAACCUGGCAUUGAGUACCUGAUCAGUGUCUUUGCUGUUCUUAGCAACAAGAGGAGUGUUCCUGUCAGUGCAAGGGUGGCCACACAUCUGCCUGAGCCUGAAGGACUCAAGUUCAAGUCAGUUCGGGAGUCGUCAGUUGAGGUACAGUGGGACCCACUGGACAUUCCCUUUGACGGAUGGAACAUCAUCUUCAGGAACACAAAAGAGGAGGAUGGUGAGAUUCUUAACUCCCUUGGCCGUCCAGAGACCACCUUUGAGCAGUCGGGCCUGGGCCCUGGCCAGGAGUACGAGGUCAAACUGGAGGUGGUGAAGAACAACAAGCGUGGACCUCCUUCCUCUAAGAACGUCGUCACAAGGAUUGAUGCCCCUAGUCAGGUGGACGUACGUGAUGUGACAGAGACCACAGCGCUGGUGACCUGGUUCCAGCCUGUAGCCCAUGUUGAUGGCAUCAGCAUCUCCUACGGGCCUAGUUCUAACCCUGCUGACCGCAGCAUAGUAGAGCUGACCUCCACUGACACACAGUACCACCUGGGUGGCCUCAUCCCCGACACCCAGUACGAGGUGUCUCUGACAGCUCGGAUGGGCGAAAGGACCAGUAUUCCUGUUUAUGAAACUUUCCUCACAGACCUGGACGCCCCCAGAGACCUGCAGAUGGUGGAGCUGACAGACCAAAGUAUUACCCUUGAGUGGAAGAACAGUCAAGCUCAGGUGGAGAACUAUCGCAUCAAGUACGGACCUCUGUCUGGAGGCGAUCACGGAGAGAUGCUCUUUCCUCCAGGACCCAAAGAAACCACCCAGGCCAAGAUCACAGGCCUGAGACCUGGCACGGAGUACGGGAUGGGUGUCACUGCGGUGAAGGAUGAGCGGGAGAGUCUGCCCACGACCACCAACGCAGUGACUGCCCUGGAUGCUCCCAAGGACCUGACUGUGACGGAGGUGACAGAGACCACUAUAAUGCUGGAGUGGAAGCUCCCGCUGGCCAAACUCGACUCCUACAGACUGGUCCAUGUCUCCGCUGACGGCCACAGGGCUGAGGAGGUGCUCCCAGGCAGCUCUGAGUCUCACACCCUGAGGGGCCUGACACCUGGCAUGCUCUACACCAUCAGUAUCAUUGCUGAGCGCGGCCGCAGGACCAGUGCUCCGGCAACCAUCUCUGCGCCCACAGACUUGGGCUCACCCAAGGGCAUCCGCUUCUCUGAUGUCACCGACACAUCCGCCACCGUUCACUGGGCAGUUCCAAGAGCUCGGGUGGACAGCUACAGGGUCACAUAUGUGCCUGCUCAUGGAGGUCAGUGUUCUCAUGUGUGGACAACAGUCAACUGA